AUGCCAAUUACCGCCUGGGCGUUAAGCAUGUUGCUGCCCGUUUUGAUCUUAGCGGUAAACAUUUGUAAAGAAACUAUUGAACCAUUCUUCUACACCAAACUUUUGACCGGUGUGAACAAUGUAGCAGGAAGUGUCUUUAACACUGUUAGUGGUGUGGUGCAAGAUCCCGGGCACACUGUUAGUGGUGUGGUGCAAGAUCUUGGGCACACUGUUAGUGGUGUGGUGGGAGCUGCUACUGGUGCGGUGGGUGGUGUCCUUGGUUUACUUUUGGAUGAGGACCUCAAGGAGCUGCCUGGUGCACUUCCCUCCGGGGCCUGUGCUACGCCAAAAUGGCUUGGUCCAGUGCAGGUAUUUGCGGGUAUUACCCCAAAAAAAGGGGGUGUUGGGUUUUUUGUUGCGGGCUAG